CACAAGUGGAACUUCAACCACAUCAGGCCCCAGCACUAUAUCAACCACAAGUGGAACUACAACCACAUCAGACACCACCAGUGCAUCAACAACAAGUGGAACUACAACCAGUGCAUCAACCAUAAGAGCCACCUCAACUACAACAGGUUGUCAUCUAAAUGAAACUCUGUAUCCAGAGGAAACUGUAAUGGCUUCUGAGGAUCCAGGUAACUGUUCGGUGUGCAUUGCAGGCAGCUGGACGUCUGUUAAAGGAUGCGCCUACAAUAACACGUGCUAUAAUUACCUGCAAACCAGAGACAACGGCGAUAACUGUACCAGAUUGGGAUGGACGCCUACUGGUUGUCUUCUAAAUGGAACAGAGUAUCAGCAAGGAACUGUACUCGACUCAGAGACUGUAGUUUUCUGUUCAUUGUGCGAUGAAGGCAACUGGACAUAUGGUUGCAUCCACAAUAACCGGUGCUAUUCUUACGGAGGAAACAGAGAGAACAACGAUACUUGCACUCAUUUCGGAUGGCUGCCUAGUGCUCCUAACACAACAACUCCACUUCAAAACACUUCAACUCUAAUACCAACCGCAACAACCAUAACAAUUGCAGCUCCAACCACAGCUACUCCGGUAUCAGUUGCAACUGCUCCAGUAUCAUCAUCAACAACCUCAGCUCGCACUACAGCUCCAACUCCAGUUCCAACCACUGUUACUCCAGUAUCAACCACAGCAACCCCAGUUACAUCUAAAACAACCUCAGCUCAGACCACAACUCCAGUUUCAUCCACAAUUGCUCCAAUAUCAACCACAACACCUCAAGUAAUAUCCACAUCAACCACAGCUCACACUACAGCUCCAACUCCAACCACAACACCUUCAGUAAUUUCCGAAACAACCUCAAUUCAAACCAUAACUCCAGUUUCAACCACAUCAACUCCAGUUCCAUCAACAACAAACUCAACUCAAACCACAAUUCCAGUUUCAACCACACCAACUGUUCCAUCUACAACAACCUCAACUCAAACCAUAACGCCAGUUUCAACCACAUCUACUCCUGUUCCAUCUACAACAAACUCAACUCAAACCAUAACGUCAGUUUCAACCACAUCUACUCCAGUUCCAUCUUCAACAAACACAACUCAAACCAUAGCCCCAGUUUCAACCACAUCAACUCCUGUUCCAUCAACAACAAACUCAACUCAAACCAUAACUGCAUUUUCAACCACAUCAACUCCUGUUCCAUCUACAACAAACUCAACUCAAACCAUAACUCCAGAUUCAACCACAUCUACUCCUGUUCCAUCUACAACAAACUCAACUCAAACCAUAUCCCUAGUUUCAACCACAUCUACUCCAGUUACAUCUACAACAAACUCAACUCAAACCAUAACAUCAGUUUCAACUACAUCAACUCCUGUUUCCAUCUACAACAAAUAA